GAGGCCUCCGCACUGAAUCAAAUACCAUUUCACCACCAAUGAAGCACGUUGUACUAACCCUGAUAUACUUCCAGCACCCACAAGGCCACUUCCAUUCGUACAAGCUCGACUGACGCGUCGCGCUAACCCGCCACGUGAUCAGCUGUUCCCAUCACAUCGUUCCCUGUUCGGUCCCGCGCUCGGGGGGCUGCCGUUACGAGGAUCGAUUAGAUUGCGAUCAAUCCUUAUCCCCAGUGCUCACCCGAAACAAAACAUAUCCAAUGGACCCGACAUCCGUCGAAGACAUCCUCAACGACGCGCUCGCCUUCCUCGGCGAAGCCCUCUCUCCGCCCGCCGCCGACGAGCUCUCGUACGGCCCGCUCACGCUGACCGUCGCGCCCAAGGUAACGUGCCCUUUCGCUGUACCGUAUACGCAAACAUCCCGCCCAGCUGAGAUCGUGUCGCUUGUCUAUCUUGAUCCGAUAUAAACCGAUGCCCGCGCCGCGCGAAGGAGGGAAAGGUACGUGCUGUGCUGUCGCUGCCGUGGUUCGCUCCGCAUGUCUCGCACGAAUCCAGGCGAACACGCUCCUCGCAGACCACAUCUUCUCGCCCGCGCUCUUGCUCGCGGAGCGCAUCGAGCGCGGCCUCAUCCCUCUUUCUGGACGAACUACGAUCGAGCUCGGCGCGGGAACAGCCCUACCCUCGCUCCUUGCCUCCGUCCUCCCGCACCCGCCCGCGCUCGUCGUCGUCACAGACUACCCUGACCCCGUCAUCCUGGGGAACCUCCAACGCAACGUUGCGCGCAACGCACACGUCGCCGCGCCCGGCUGCACCGUCCUCUGUCGGGGGCACGACUGGGGGCAGGACCAUCCGGCAUCCCUCCCUACCGACAAAGAAUUGAGCGCAGAUAGCGGCUUCGACGUCGUCAUCCUCUCCGACCUGCUCCACUUCGACCGCUCACACCCCGCCCUCCUCGCCUCCCUGACCGCACUGCUCGCGCGCGCGGCCUCCGCGCGCGUCUACGUCGCUGCCGGGUCAUACACCCGCCCCGCAGUGUGUGAUGCAUUUCUGCGCCUCGCGGAGGAGGCUGGGAUCAUGUGGGAGCAGAGCGGCGGCGGCGGCGGCGGCGGCGCCGAGGGAGGCGCCGAGGCGUGGAUGGGGACGAUGCGCGUGACGGGGCUGCAGCUGGACCAGCUCGCGGCGCGGAAGGCGAUGUGUCGGUGGUGGGUCGGGCGGUGGAGCGAGGCCGCGCUGCUGCGUCCUGAGACCGAUCUCGCUUCGUGA